GGCCCCGUGAAUGCGGGAGGAGGGGACCUGCUCCAGGGUGACAACACGUCGUCCCUAGGAGUCCCCAUGGCGACAACCAUGAUGACACCCAUCAUGGCGGCUGGAAAUGCCAAACCGGACUUCCACACGUUAGUCUUGUCCUGCAACCGGGACGGCAUGGAAGCCCUCCGCAAAGGUCAAACCAAAGCGGCGUUUGAGCAGUUUAAGUAUGCAGAGGCCAUUCUCAUCGCGAACCAAGCUGAGAGUGGUACGAGCUUAGCAGCUGUGACCUGCAACAACCUGGGGUGUUACUACAAGAAGGUAGGAAAGCUCCAUGGAGCGUUGAGUUACCUCAGAAGGGCCUUGCAGAUGGAGGUGGAUUUGGGCACGGACGAGGUCACUUUAGCAGGAACUCAUCUGAACAUCUGCGCCAUUCUGUCCAAGUUGGAGAAGCAUGACAAGGCAGUUCAGCACGCCUUGCAAGCUUUGGAGCUGAUCGACAGGAAAACUAGCAAGUGUGAUCCUGCGAAAGUGCCAGCGGAUGACUACUCUGUUUUGGCCAUUGCGUACCACAAUGUGGCCAUCGAACGUGAUCUGCUGCAUCAAUACGACAAGGCCGCUGCGGCUUUCCAUCAAGGCUUCGAGGUGGCCAAGCGAUGUCUCGGCGAGGACCAUCCUCUGUCCAUGACCUUGGGCAAAAAUGCAGAAGUGGUCCUGCAGAAGGCGCAAAAGAUGAACAAGGUGAAUCCAGACACAGCCACUGCUCGCCCUGAAGCUGUGAAGGACAUGGAUCUGGAACAGUUCACCGCUGGACUCACUGAGAGUUCCACACCUGCCCUGCCUCCCUUAGCAACUGCCCAGCCAGAAACGGAAGUGGAGGAUCAAAUGAGUCCCCCGCGCACAGUGCGGCAAGAUGCUGCGGAAUGGGUUGAGAGUGAGGAAUCCGCAUGGAGCAGCUUCGCCAAGACCACACUGGGCGAGGCGCCCCGGGGCGGCACCAGCACGGCGCGGAAGCACUUUGAGGAUCCUGAGGCGCCUCAUCCACCUCCACGGGGCCUUCCGCAGAAGGCCAGCGAUGCCCUCAGAGAUUCCCAGCUGAAGGAUUUGGGCCUGCCAGCCAUGAGGAAUGCGGCCCGUGGUAUUCCUUUCAGCUCUGUAACCGUGCCGAAACCGCCAGUGGGUUUGGUUGGAGCCAAGAAAACACCCUUGGCACAGGCCCUAGAUGACAUCCCACAGAACAUCGUGGACAUUGUGGAUGCAGGGCGUACUGGACUGCAGGUGGCGCGGACGCAACGAGCAGCUCCCAACGAUUUUCGGCCCAAUCGGAUGAUCAAGGGAAGCACCCGCACCUCGCGUGUCGUUCAACGCAGUUGUGCUUUCAACACCACCAAGAAUCGGGACGAGGUGAUGCAGGGCCGACAGGUGAGCGCGGUGGAACAGCAGAAGAACGAAUGGCUUCGGAGGGUGGCCGCAGAACGAAUCCAGAGGACUUGGCGCGCCUGGUACAAGUACUGUCAGGAGAAUUCAGAGUGGCUCAUGACCACAUGGAUUGCAGCCACGAUGAUCCAGGCCCGAUGGCGGACAUACCACUUGAAGCGGAAGAAGAUGGACCAAGCCUGCACCCACGUGCAGAGGAUCAUCCGCGCCUUCCUGGCGCGCCGCACCCUGUUGAAGCGCCGCAAAGCGAUUGUGAUCCAGCGUCGUGCACGGGGAGUCUUGGCGCGCAACCGCGUCCGCCGCAUGCACGCCGCAGCGGUGAAGGCGCAGGCCUUGAUUCGUGGAGGACUGGCCAGAAGGCGUGUGGCCAAGCGUAGAGUGGUGAUGAAUCAGCUGGCCCUGACCAUCCAGUGUGCUGCCCGAACACACCAGGCGAACCGCAAGACACAGGCGAAGCGUCAGGCCAAGGCGGCGGAACAGGCACGAGAAGAUUCCGCCAUCUAUAUUCAGCGUGUUUUCCGCGGUGGACAAGGCCGAGACGAAGCUGCCAGGAAGCUUGAGCUGUACAAUGAACAACUCGAGCAAUACCGAGCGGCUACGAAACUGCAAUCGAUGGCGCGGCGCGAUGCUGCAAUCAAGAAGGUGGACAGGAUCAGAGCUCAAAAGUUCGAUCGAAUGAACGAGGCCGCAACCUAUAUGAGAAAGAUGUGGCUCGGUGCCAGGACGCGCCGCAAAUACUUAGAGCUGAUGGAAGAGUUUGGGAGGCAUGUGCAGAAGGUCAUCACGAUGCAGCGCUAUGCUCGGGGCUUCCUGGUGCGUCUGCGCAUGUGGCGACAGGCGGUGCGGGCGGAGGAGGAGCUCUGGGGUGCGCUGGAGAUCCAACGCAUCUGGCGCGGGUACUUGGGUCGUGUGAGGUGGGAAGCCAAGUAUGAAGAGGUUUGGCAGAGAGAAAUGGCAGCUGUCACGAUUCAGCGCCACAUUCGAGGCUGGCUCGCCAGGACCAAGGUUGGUCGGAUCCGCCGCAAGAUCGCUCGAGCUGAGUUCGAGCGCGCGCGGCGGCGCUUCCGAGCAGCCCAGAGGGUUCAGGCCUUGCUCCGGGGCGCCCUGGUGCGCAAGAAGUUCCUGCGCCGCUACCUGCGCGCCCGUCGGGCAGCCGUCAACAUCCAAAGAGUUGUGCGCGGCCAUGCGCUGAGAAAGCGGCUGUGGCACCAGGUGAAGGAGCAAAAAGCCACCAGCAUUGAGGCUCACAUUCGAGGAUGGCUGGUGCGUCGUCGAAAGCUUCAUUUGAUUGCGAAGGUGAUCUGCAUUCAACGCGGAUGGAGGCAAUGGCUCCGAAAGCCGCAAGAUGUGCGCGAUGCUGCGGUGGCUCAGAGAAAAGAGCGCAAAGAGCAGGCAGAAAAGAUUCAGCAGCAAUUCAGGAAACAUGCGGAGCAGAAGGAGCUCAAGCGCAUCCAAGAAGAUGCCACGGCGUGAGUCGGCCUCGGCCAGGCUUCGGUGGCUGCCAUGCUCCCAGUGGCUCGCUUUCGCAGCGUUGUUUCACCAGGGCAGGGGAUGAGCCAAAUUUCCCACCCGUUGAUUAUUUGGAUCUGCA